GAGUGAGGAACUUGGGCUGUUCCAGCUCAAGGAGUGAUGCUGUGGUUGCUCAGAUGCAGCUCCAGGUGUGCUCCAGGAAGGUGUUUGCUCACAGAGUCUCUCUCUAAAACCUUUUCCCUCCUUUUUCUUUCCUAACCUUGCUAAAUCCAUGGGAAAUUCAGAUUUAUGAAUUGGGUAGAGCAGGGAAAAGGAAAGGAAGCAGAAAUCCACGGACUCCUGCAUCCCCAGAAAGCACCGUGCUGAACUCACUGCAAGACUUUUGGGUGCCAGUUCCUUCCAGCAGCAGAGCUUGGAGGCUGCUCGGAGUGUCCUGGGGUUUAUUUAGUGUCGCUGCAGUUCUGUGAGUACCAGAAGUUAUUUUAGAUUUAGGAGUUUUCCUUCCCCAACUUGUGCUCCGAUGACAGAACCUGGGCUAUUUUUAGCCCCUGGAGCACUCUGUCAUGCCAGUGCUGACAACGUUGAGAUUUACGUGCUGGUGUUUCUGGUAAAGCAAUGCAGCCCUUCAGUGAACUUGAAAAAUGUCAUUUAGAUACCUUUUAUUUCUAAAAAAGCCCGUGUUUAACUUUACUUUCUGCACAAAGAAGGGGAGUUUAAUUUUUUAAAUUUCUUUUUUCAAGAAUCUGAAUUCAGCUGUAAUUUCUGGUUAUUUUUUAUGCACUGGCACAUGAAAGCUUUUAAAAAGGCUUGGGUUGAGUGGACAUUAAACCCAGCACAUUGUCCUUGCCCACAUCCUACUUUGUGAUAUUAUUCUCACUAACAGCCCACAGAAAAUACAGCAGGAAAGACAUGAUUGUUAUUGUAAGUUUAGAAGAAAAAUACAAACCUCCUUGUCCUGGGAAAUAGAGAAAGGAGCAAUUUCCAGGUUUUUUACUUUGUUUAGACUUAAACUUCCCUGAAAGCUCAGCAUGAAAGUUGAGAUUAAAAUCUGCUACUGAGGUUGGGCACAGUCAGAAGAGAGGAGGAGAGCUGAAGGGUGGCUGAGGAGUCUUUAGUUGAUGAGCUUUGCUCAAGGAAUAAAGAGGCCAAAAGCUCUGGGAAUGCUUUCCUUUCCCUUUGGAAGCAGGAUCUACACCUGACUCUUCCUGUAAAGCUGUUUAAGUUUUGGAAAUGCCUCCUCUGAAUGUUUUUCCUUCAAGGAAAUGCAGCAAAAGAGAUGAAAACAGCUUCAAAUGCUCCUCUGCCCUGAGCCUUUGCUCGUGGUGGGUUCCACAUGGAUCUGAUAUGGACAAGGAUUAACAACAAAUAUUAAUUUCUGGGGCUAAUUUAACAUAUUUUCAAGUGCUACAGUUGCUUCUAGAAAUUAGAAAUACAAAAAUACAAUUAUUUAAAAAUACAAAAUGUAUUUAAAAAUACAAAACUGAAUUCUGUUGGAGCCCUGAAGUGCCAGGGGUGAGGAGCUGCCUGGCCCCUGCAGUGUCACUCCCUGGAGAAGGAGAGCAGCCAGGAGGGCUGGGCUGGCUCAGGGAGGAGGUGGCAGCCAGAGCUGACCUCUGCCUGCUCCUCCUCAGUGCUUCAUUAACGGCACUGACGAGGAAGGGCCAAAGGUAGAGCUCUGAAGAGAGCUCCGUGGAGCACACAGAAAGAGCUCUUUGUCCCUUUAUUGUUAUUUUUCCUGGGUAUGACAAGGAGCUGGCAGCUGGGGAACCAUCUGCUUUUAAGGGUAGGACUCUGCACGUCAGGAUUCUCCUGCUUUUAGGGAGCUGAGGCUUCAGAUGCUUUCGAGGGAUCCUCCAUCAGUUGGGCUGAAGAGAUAAUUCCAGGAAUUUGCCAGGCUCUCUCAUCCAGAGGAUGCCAUUCAAACAUAUCUUACUUUUAAACAUUAAAACAUUUUACUUGCUUAUUUUUAAAUGAUUUCUUCCACUUUUCCUCAGUUCCCCAAUUUGCUGCCUUCCUUUUUGUUUACAAAAUAAAAAAAAAGGCAGCUGUGGAGAAUCCCAUGAAUUUUUUGGGGUGGGAAGGUUGUGCAGAGCACAAGUGUCAGUGUGAUUUAAAGCAGUGAGGUUUUAAUAGUGGGAAUUUCUGUGCAAGUAUUCCCCUCUCAAGAGGGAAAAGCUUCACUUGAUGAUUUAGGGAGGCAGGACAUAAAAUAAGAAUUUAAACAAAGUGCUGCUUCUUGAAUUUAAUUCUCCAGAAGCCUUUAAAUUACGGUGUCCAUGUGUUUUGCCCUGUUCCAGUGUUACUCUAAAAGCUGUCAAAAAUGCUUUCAGUUUCUAAUACACAGAAAAAGAAACUUCCACGUUUGAGACACUAAUUAACCAGGGAAGGGAAUUGUUGGAAUAAAAGCCAGGGUCAGCAAGGUGGCAGCAGAAAGGAGGAAGCCAGUGGUUGUAGCCCAAAAUAAAACAGCUGCUCCAGUGACAGGGGACAAAAGCUGGAUCCUGCUCUGGGUCCAGCCUCACAGCAGCUGAUAAAAACUUUUGGGAUUUUGCUUUGAGAUGUGUUUCUCUGUAGGGAUGCUGCUCUUGUUAAUGGCUUUUAUUCUGUGUAAUAAUCAGAAUUGCAGUUGUUAUAACCAGGUUGUUUUUACCAGUGUUCCUCUAAAGUGGGACCAUGGAAAUUCCUUGGGAGCAGCACCUGGCUGGCAGUAUUUCCUCAUGGAUUUUCUUGGGUAGUUUCAUGAGUUUUGAUGGAGUUUUGAGCAUUUUGCUCAUUUCAGUGUGCACGUAAAUUAGAAUUUAAGAGCUGGAGUACCACAGCAUUACAAAUUGUGUGCAGAACUGUGCUAGAAUUACUGAAAAUGCUUCUAUUUUGGUGAAAAUACAUGCAGAAUCAGAGCUUAGGCUGGCUGAAAUCUGCAGGUGCUUGUGGGGUGGUGAAAGCAGGGGCAGAAUUGAACUGAGUGGGGAAAAAUACCCUUCAGGUGCCAGACCCACGUGUGUGUGCAGCAUUUUUAGAAUGACUGUUGGGAGCAAAACAUCUUUGCUUUGUGCUUGGGAAAUACAGCACUUCCCCUGCUUCUUGGGAUGAAGUUUUGGUAUUAAGGGAGGGAGGUGAAAUCUCAGUUCAGGGCGAGCUGUCCACAGAUGAAUGUUACUUGAAAGAAGAAAACAGAAGUUACAUCUGUACUGAGCUAUUUUUAAGUGUCUCUGGUUACUGGUGCAGUACCCAGCACCAAAAUUAGGGCUCCCUCAAAGCAGUCACCAUGCUGAUUUGGUGGCUUGAGAAACCUUCUGUUUUCAGCUAAAAAUAAUUCCUAGAUAACGGCCGGCUUGCACAUGAGAGACUUUUCAGUACUAAAGUGACUCUGCCUCAUUUUACAGCCUCUGAAACGCUGCAAAAACCCUACAAAAAUCCAAACCUGGGGCUUUUGGAGCAGCUGCUUUUUCCAGUGGGUAAAGCAAAGAAAGUUCUUUGGUGUGUGGAGAUGUGAUUUGGUGACAUCCUGCAGGUUUUGUUUUCCAGGCUCAGGUGCAGCGCCGCUCAAUCCCCCUGCUGAGUUUUCCUCCUCUUCUCAUUCCUACCAAAUUUCCAGCUGCAAAAUCCCCCCCAAGUCUGCUGCUUACAUAACUCUGCCUUUCUGCCUCUUCUGGUAAAGCAGAAGGGAAUUUUCUUCCCCCUGCCUGGGUGGGGGCAGAGGAUGCCAGGAAAGAUUAAAAGGGCUCAGGGGCUGUGGCACACGUUUGGCAGGGGAGAUAAUGAGGCUGCUCAGGGUGGGUCCAGCAGCACCCAAAAAAUCUGCUCCCAGUAUUUGCAGACCUGGAUCCCGGGGAUGACUUGUCCUCCUGUAUGAAGCAAGGCACAAGUCUGGGUUUCUGGCUCGUUUUGGAAGAAGGGAGCUCUGUGUGAGGGCAGGGAAACGCCGUGCACGGGCUCGGCUCAAGAGCCUCUUGCUGCCUCUGAGAACAUCCUGUGGUUUAGCACAGGGACACAGAUCCCUGGGCUUUCCAGGCUGCUGGAGACGCCUGAGGUCUGAAGGAAACCACCCAAAACCCCUCCUGUCCCAGCUCAGUCAUGUGUGGAUGCCACGGGCUGGCUUGCUGCGAGUGUGCAUUUUCUGCGUAGAUGUGGCAAUCUGGCACAUCGCCAUCCCCAGGCCCGACCGACCGGCAGAGGUGCGCACCUUCACCUUUUAUCUCUCCAACAUUGGCAAGGACAGCCCCCAGGGCAGCUUCGACUGCAUCCAGCAGUAUGUGUCCAGCAAUGGCAAUAUCCAUUUGGAUUGCCUGGGAAGCAUACAGGAUAAAAUCACCGUGUGUGCCACUGAUGAUUCCUACCAGAAGGCGAGGCAGAGCAUGGCCCAGGCAGAGGAGGAGACUCGCAGCCGGAGCGCCAUAGUCAUUAAACCUGGGGGCAGAUAUGUAGGCAAAAAGGUUCAGGUGCGUAAACCUGCACCAGGAGCUUCCGAUGCUGUUCCCUCCAGGAAGCGCCCAACGCCAGUCAACCUUGCCAGUGCAAUAAAGAGAGGCAAUAGUGCCAUUUCCCAGAGACCCUUCAAAGAUAGGGUUGUGCACUUACUGGCACUAAAGCCUUAUAAGAAACCUGAACUUAUUCUCAGAUUGCAGAAGGAUGGACUUUCUCAGCAGGACAAGGAUUUGCUGGAUAACCUUCUGCAACAGGUGGCAAAUCUGAGUGCCAAGGACAGCACUUUCACUCUGAAAGAUUGUGUAUACAAAGAGGUGCAGAAGGACUGGCCUGGCUACUCAGAAGGAGAUCAGCAGUUGUUGAAGAGGAUCCUCGUUAGGAAGCUGUGCCAGCCCCAGAACAGCGGCGCUUUCCAGGGAGAAGCUCCUUCCCUGAGCCCUCCGAAGGACACCCUCAGCUCCAGCUCUCCCCCUCAGAAACGACCCUUACCUGUGGAGUUCAUCGACCCCCUGGCCAACAAAAAGCCCAGGAUCUCUCAUUUGGCUCACAGAACCCAACCCACCCUCAACGGGAAGCUGAAUUCCUCCAACGGGAAGGACAGCCUGGCCCCCCCUGCCCUGCCCCCGGCGCUGGAGCCCCCCGUGAGCUCCAGCUCCUCCCUCCCGGCCCUGGAGCUGCCCAGGCCCCACGACCCCCUCUCGGAUGUCAGCAACGACCUGGCUCACAACGGCAGAGACUGUGAGAGCAGCACGGAGCCUCCCGAGAGACUGAGUCACCCCCUGCCCACAGACUGUGCCCAGAGCAGCAAACACAACUGCGGCUCCUACGUCAAAUCCAAGAAAAAAUCCAAAAAGCACAAAGACAAGGAGAAGGAGAGGAAGGAGAAGAAGAGCGACGAGAAGUGCAAAGAGGAGAAGCAGAACUGUGAAGUAAUAAAAAAUGCUGACUUAGUUAGUGUUGCCCAGGAGCAGGUCCCAGGUUUAAAUGGAACAUGCAAUAAUUCUAGUGUACCAACAUCAACUUCAGAAAUGCCAGAUUAUUUAUUAAAAUACGCAGCCAUUUCCUCCUCGGAGCAGCGCCAGAGCUACAAGAACGACUUCAACGCGGAGUACAGCGAGUACCGGGACCUGCACGCCCGGAUAGAGCGCAUAACCCGACGCUUCACCCAGCUGGAUGCCAAGCUGAAGCAGCUUCUGCAGGGCUCCGAGGAGUACAAGACCAUCCACGAUCAAAUUUUACAGGAAUAUCGAAAAAUUAAAAAGACAAACCCCAACUACAGCCAAGAGAAGAACCGCUGCGAAUACCUCCACAACAAACUGGCCCACAUCAAAAAACUGAUAGCAGAGUAUGACCAGCAGCAGUUUUAGCUGCCACUCACCCCUGGACUGGGUAGGGCAAACCAAAAUCCAGUCACCCUGGACGUUACGUUCCCUUUUAUACACCCAAAAUCCCUUUCAGAGACGAGCAUUAAUUCCUCGUGGUUGAAGAACUUGGGGAUGACUUUAAGAUGCCAGAUCUGUCAUGUCCACGUCCAGCACGCUCCUCCCGAGUUUUUAAGCCUCUCUGAAUGUUGGAAUGUAACAAAUGGAUAACAAAAAAAACAAACAAACAAAAAAAAAACCAAACAAAAAAAAUUCUGCUUAUUUGAAGCCAGCGUUUGACACUUAAGGGAAAACUUGCCUAAAGUGACCGAAGCUCCCAAAGGUUAAGAAUCUGUAGUUUUCAUGGAUUAAAAGUUUGGCAUGAAGUUGUAAUAAUUCCCCAGCUCCACGUGGGUUACAAAUUGUCCUACACAUGGUGAGGAACUGGAAUUGCUGCUAGGACUGUUUGGAAUGAGAGCUGUGCUCGCGGCUCCGCGGAAAUACACCACGUUCCCUGAGCUCUCCUUGUCUGGCCCUGCUUUGUCAUUGCCAUCCUGGGGCUGGGGGGUGCUGCCAGCACGGGGGGUCCCCUGGGGCUCAGCACUUUGGCCAGGGCAGAGGUGGAUCCCAAAAAAAAAAAAAAACCACACCCCAAAUCCCCUUUUUUUUACCUGCUUUGUGUUUUGGGUGCAAACCUCCUGCCCAGUCUGCCCAGUUCACCUCCAGCCUCCAGUGCUGGGAAGAUGGAGACCUGUCUGGCUUUGACUUUUCUAAUUUUCUACCAAGGCAGCCAAUUUUGUUAAUUGCUAAUGAGACUAUGGUCUAUUUUUAUAUAUCAAA